AUGGAAAAUGAAAUAGCUGCUGACCUUCUGCAGUCACGACUUUGUCGUCUCAGAAGUACUCAAGUCAUCGUCCCUUGCCUGCUUAAACUGAUUCACUAAACAGACAACCUUAAGAAGAAACUGACGACUCAUCCCCUAAAAAGCAGCACUGUUUAAAUGUGCAGUUAUGAGGUUGCUCAGUCGCGCUGUCAGAUUAACAACAGGACUGAAAUACAUCGUCCUAGGAAUCAUGAAGCCAGGAUAUCAACAGGCUAAUGUUGUGAUCUUACAUAAGAGUCUCGCUAAUGACUUUGAGGCUUUUUGUCGAGCUAACAACAGCCCCCUGCCGCUACUGUACAGGAGCCAAUGUGGAGAAUGGAGCUGCCCUCCCUUGGCCACCGGAUCUGACAUAAGAGACGACUGUCCAGAGUACUGUGUGUUUGAGAACGGUGUGCUGGUGAAGAAGGUUCCUAGUUUAUCAUCCUACACCCCUCAACUUCAGGACAUGGUCACAUUUUACCUCGGCUGCAGUUUCGGCUUCGAAAAAGCCCUGAAGGCUGCCGGGGUUCCAGUGAGAAAUGUGGAACAGGGUAAAAAUGUCAGCAUGUACAAGACCACAGUGCCAUGUAUUAAAGCAGGUCGGUUUUACUGUCCAAUGGUGGUGAGUAUGAGACCUGUACCUCAACACAAGCUGGAAACCGCAACUCAAUGCACACACGCGAUCCCUCUGGCACAUGGUGGACCUGUGCAUAUUGGUGACCCUAAACUGGUGGGCAUCCAUGACCUGUCACAGCCUGAUUAUGGAGACCCGGUGGAGGUGUGUCCCGGUGACGUGCCAGUUUUCUGGGCCUGUGGGGUCACUGGUGCUGAGGCUGUUCAGAGCUGCAAGUCAGCUCUUGCGUUCACUCAUUCACCCGGUUGCAUGUUCCUCACCGAUCAAAAGGCAGAAACUGUUUCUCCCGUCGCUCUCAAGCCAGCAGAGUGUCCUUUGACAUUCUGCAUAUCCCAGAAUCCACAGCAUUACAGCAUGGCUAGCAAGAGGGCAGUUCAACAAAUUCAAGCAAUAGAGGAGCUUGUGGUAGAAGACCCAGGUGCGAGGGGAAUCCGGGCGCUGUUUGUGCAGGAUGAACUCCUAAAGGCCAGUCUCUCACUGUCACACUCUUCAUCUGUACUCAUCACUACUGGUUUCCCCACACACUACAUGCACAACCCCCCCGAGGAGACUGACGGCCCGCCCGGGACCAUCGCUAUGGCAGCAAUGCUCCAAGCUCUGGACAAAGAGGUGGUCAUCGUAACAGAUGAGCGUGCUUUAGAGAUGAAUCGGCACAUCAUAAGGGACGCUGUGGAGAAAGGUGUGAUAAAGACUGCAGUGCCAGUAAUAAGCUUCCAGAGCAAAGGACCUGAAUCAGCACUGCACUUUCUCUGUCGUGAUGGAGACCCCACAAAGCCCAGGUUCGAUCACUUGAUGGCAAUAGAGCGCAGCGGCCGGGCUGUAGACGGAAACUAUUACAACAUGCGGGGAAUAAACAUCAAGCAUUUAGUAGACCCCAUAGAUGAUCUCUUUAUCACUGCAAGUGUUAUUUCAGGCAUCACUACUACAGGAAUCGGAGAUGGCGGUAAUGAACUUGGUAUGGGGAAAGUUCAAGCAGCAGUUAAAGCACACAUGCCUAAUGGGAGUCUGAUCGCAUGCAACGUGGCUGCAGAUUUUGCCAUUACGGCAGGAGUGUCCAACUGGGGUGGCUAUGCUGUCGCUUGUGCUUUGUACGUUCUGAAUCUCUGUCCGAUACACUGGCGCUACCUUCGAAGGGGCCUCGGUUUGCCACCCACGCCUGAGCAACAGAGUAUAUGGACUGCCUGCCUGCCCACUGUAGCUAAGGAGGAAGAUGUGCUUCGCAUUUUGGUGAAAUAUGGCAUUCGCAGUGGCAAGACGGCAAACCUGGGACUGGAGGUGGAUGGACUGGCCUUUCACCCGUAUCAUUCAGACAUCGUACAGCGGCUGAGAGAUCUCACCCUUUGAGUGGCAUGAGUUCCUUUCACACAAAGGAACGAAACAUACAUUUUCGACCGCACAAAGCUGAUUCGUGUUAUCUUAUCUGUAACCUUUGAUUUAUUAUUGUUUAAUUUUGUGUACAGUAAUUUUUCAUUGCACAGUCAAUUCAUGUAUAACAGUACGUACAAAUUAAUUUUCUAACGACCAACAAUCUACCCGUAACACAUUUCUUUGCAACUAAGCCACAAAGUUAAUCAUCGUCAUACACAAUUAAAGGGAUAGUUCGCCCAAACAGGAAAUUCUGUCAUUGUUUAUUCACCCUCGAGGUGUUCCAAACCUCUUCAUAUGUUUUUGUUGCAUUGUACACAAAAGAAGAUAUUUGGAAGAUUGUUAGCAGUUGUCAGUUCUGGGACAUCAUUGACUACUGUAGUAGGAAAAAUUAAGAUGGUAGUCUAAGGUGCCUCAUGAACUGCUUGAUUUUCAUAAUUCUCCUAAAUAUCUCAUUUAGUACUUGACAGAACAAAUAAAAAAAUCUAUGGUAGUCAAUGACACCCUAGAACUGAAAUUGCUAACAUUCUUUCAAGUAAAUUUAGAGAGGUUUGGAACAACUCGAGGGUGAAUAAAUGAUGAAAGCUUUUUUGUUUUUGGGUGAAGUAGUCCUUUAAUUCAGCCAAUGCAAUAAGAUUAGUAAGAAUUAGAAGAUUAGUAAGUAGCAUUGCUACUAUUAUCAUGGUACUGUACUAAAUAAGCAUUAUUCAACUGUGAUAUUUUACAUUGCUAUGUUAUGGUAUUAAUGGGAAUUUUUUUUAAGUGCAGAAACAUUUUGGAACAGAAAAGAUCAGCUGUUUUAAUUCAGAGCUGUGUUAUGUAACAUAUUUGUUUUGUUUGGUAAUUUGUGUAUCAUUUCUGACCUUUUUAGUCAAGAGUCUUUCCCUCUUCGACCAAAAUCAAUACGCUGGAGAUCUCUAGAGGGGAUCUUCCUAAAAAGUCUUAAUCGUAAUAUCAAAUAAAUAGCAACUUUUAAUCAA